GAAGUGUAGAACGUGAGGUUUAGGCUGAGCGGAAUCCGAAUACUGGAGCAAGAAGUUUUCUUUCCUGCUUCCGAAGCCUUAAAGAAACGAAUUCUAAUGUAAAUACACUUUGUCCCAUCUAAAGCAGUUUUGUGUUCACGGUUCAACCAACACAACAGAACAGAAAGAAAAGAGAAAAAAAAUGGGAGGAGUUUCGAAGGAGGCAGAGAUGUCAAUGGCGGCUCUUUCGAUGUUUCCGGGCUUCAGAUUUUCCCCCAAAGACGAAGAGUUGAUCUUAUUUUACCUUAAGAAGAAGCUGGAAGGCUCCGACAACAGCGUCGAUGUCAUUUCCGAGAUCGAGAUCUGUAAAUUCGAGCCAUGGGACUUGCCCGAGAAAUCGAGAAUCCCUUCAGAAAACGAGUGGUUCUUCUUCUCUCCGAGGGGGAGAAAGUACCCAAACGGAACGCAAAACAAGAGGGCCACUGAAUUGGGGUACUGGAAAGCCACCGGAAAAGAGCGAAACGUGAAGUCUGGCGGUGAAAUUAUCGGUACCAAGAGAACUCUGGUGUUCCAUUUAGGGCGUGCUCCAACAGGGGAGAGAACAGAGUGGAUUAUGCACGAAUAUUGCUUAAAUGACAAAUCUCAGGAUUCUAUGGUGGUUUGCCGGCUCCGGAAGAACAACGAUUUUCGCCGUAGCAACACAGAUCAGAAGGCCAGUUCGAGUAGACGGCAGGUCUCCGGCGACGGCGACGACCAGAAGGUGGGGGCCGGGGCCGGGGUUGAAAGUGACAGGUUUUCCAAGAACUGCAGCAGCAGCUUCGAUUCUCACUCGCUGGAACAAUUUGAUUCUGCCAUCGAAUCCAAUCAGAAACAGACCUCCGAUCCGGCGCUUCAAGAAUCCCUCAGUCGUGAUGAGGAUUAUGGUGGAACUGGAGAGGAAGAGUUGUAUGCGGAUCUCUUGAAUGACGACAUAGUUACAUUGGAUGAUAGUUUACUGUGUAAAACAAAAACUCAUAAUCCAAGCCCCGUAAUUAUGAACUUCUCCCAAUCGGAGACCUACGCCCGCCCGCGCCCACCCACACAAACCGCCGUGCCGGAGGUGGAGGCGCUGCCAUGUCAAGGCAGAAGAAUGAAAGUGAAGAAGCAAGAGCAGAUUGACAUUGGGGUUGUAAUCUUUGUUGUCAUAAUAUUUGUGAUCUGUCUACAUGUUAUAUCUUGGUGGUGGUAGGGUAGCUCUCCAGACUCUCGAUCGGAUUGGGAUCCAUUGAAUUGUAAAUUGCUAAAUUCUAAUUAAUAAUUACCAUCACUCAUACUUACAAUGGAUUUAUCUGAUUGUAAGUUGAUUCUCGAUUUCCAUUCCGAUCCAUGGAAUGCUAAAUCCCCACAAAUCCAUAGAAAAAGGUAAAGGAAGGUCAUCUAUACACUACAGAAUCCUACUAUUCGU